CGAACUGUCCAGUUAAUAUUUUCAACAAUUCGUAUUGUGUUUCAAGAAUUUAAUGUAAAAAAAAAAUAUUGAUUCACUAUGAUUUAUAAAGGCAAUAAGUUAUUGUAUGUAUUAUUCUUGAUUUUGACAAACAUUUUGAACGUUUCUGAAAGUACAAUUACAUUGUAUCGUCAUAAUGAUGAUUCUUAUGAACAUUUUGACUCUACUCCAAUUUAUAGUAUCACAGGUACGUUGUCAUUUGAAAGCAGCAAUGAUGCUUAUGAAGAUUUUGACUCUACUCCAGGUUAUAGACCCACAUACAAUAAAGAUGCUUAUGAAGAUUUUGACAUUACUACAAUUUAUAGAAUCACAAAUAUAUCGUCAUUCGAAAGCAGCAAUGGUACCUUCAAUGGGAUGAAUUCAGUUAUAGAAAUACAUUCAAGAAAUAAUGCUAUUGGAAUGCCAAUACAAGACAAUGAUAAUGAUAUUCAUAUUAUAUCAACGAAUAUAAAAGAAAUCAUUAAUCUUGGAACAUUUCAGAAUAAUAGUCGAAUGAGUACUUCAUAUAACUCAAAUGAUUGGUUUCGACAAACUAUAGACUUAGAUGGAUUCCGCGGUUGUUCCAGGAAUGAAUAUCGAAAGAUGGAUUCAGGAAACCGAUUGAAUAAAUGCUAUAAUGCUUAUGAAUAUGAUAGCUUCAGAAACCGCUUUUCAGACAUUUACACGGGUUAUGAUUCACCAGUCAUCUGUGAUUUUUUCACAUUUUAUUGGACUCCCGAUAAUGAUGAUCAAACAUGUUUAACAAUGACAUAUUUUACCAAAUAUUAUAAACCAAAGUACGACGGUUUUUCUAUCACGAUAGAUAUAAACGAUGAAUAUAAUAAUAUGUUGAUAUCUUCAACAGUAUUGGAUAAAUAUAACGGUAUAACAACAUUGAAAAUUAAUAACAUUGAUUUCAAGAACAACCAGGAAUAUAGAUUUUCAUUAAAAUUAACCCUGAGUGAGGGAUGUACAUUAGCAAUGGUUGAUCAAGGUCUGAGUUUUGGACUCAUACGAAUUGGCCAAUCUUCGAAUUAUGGUAAAAAUAUACAAAACCGUCAAAACCAAAAAUACUUAUUUAGAUUUAAAAUAAAUGAUAACGGAUAUAGGUUUUUAGUUACUUAGGUACCUACUUAUUUA